AUCAAAACACUGACAAUACAAAGGCUUUACUUGAGCUUAAUACCAAUAUUGCCGACGAUUCAAUAUGACCAGCCUCGCUUCUUGUAUCUUUUGCAAAAUUGUCAAGGGAGAAAUACCUUGCUUCAAGCUCUUCGAGAGCGACAAGACGUUGGCGUAUCUAGACAUAAAUCCACUAAGCCGGGGCCAUGCUCUCGUUAUUCCUAAGCAUCAUGGUGCCAAGCUUACCGACAUUCCCGAUGACCACUUGAUGGAGAUUCUGCCCGUCGUCAAGAAGCUGGUUAACGCCACCGGCGCAGUUGAUUACAACUUAUUGCAGAACAACGGCCGCGCAGCUCAUCAGAUGGUGGACCACGUCCAUUUCCACAUGAUCCCUAAGCCCAAUGAGACGGAAGGCCUCGGCAUCCGCUGGCCGCAGCAGCAGACUGACAUGGAUAAACUCAAGGCCCUCUUUGAGGAGCUCAAGUCCAAGGUAUAGUCUCCACAGAAGCCGGCACAUUUCCGUGUAUCUGCAUAUACCGGUGGAAAAUCCGAGGAGUCAGAUCCGGCGGCGUGGUUGAGCAUUAAGACUAUGAACCAUGUGUUUAUUGCAGAGUCAUACCUUCUAGUCUAGGUCGUUAGCUGAAGUCUCAACAGCGACGCGGCCAGGCGCAGGAGCAGCAGUCGGGUAGAAAUCGAUCUUUCCACCAUC